AAGCAGUCCUGUAAAGUAAACCCUGAGAGCUUCUGGAGGUGACAGGUAGCUUCACAUGUAACAAAAAGAUGUCUAAAAACACUAAAAUAGUUCUGGUGUUUGGAGGCUUUAUAACGGCAGUGGCCGCCGCGCUUUAUCCCAUAUUUGUCUACCCUCUGACACAUAAGGAGGAAUACAGAGAAGUCCAGAAGGUGAACCGGGCAGGAAUCAACCAGGCCGAUAUUCAGCCUGCAGGUGUGAAGAUCUGGUCCGAUCCGUUCAAGCCUGCAGAGAAAUGAAGACGGAUGAUCCCGCACAAGUCCUGAUGCUAUUGAAAUCAUGAAUAUGUUUUCGGAGUGCUUGGUGUGUGCCUGAGUGAAAUACUUACCGAUUGUUCUGACUGCUUUGGAUGCGUUUCUACUUAAAUAAAGUCGACCAUUAAAAA